UCCUCAGCCACUUGUCACAUAACCAGUCGAUCAUCUGCAUCCAACAAUUGCGGUGGGGUUGAUUCAACCUUUUAUACAGUCACAGUAUUGUAUCUUCCAGACAGUCUUUAGCAUAACCUGACCAAGUUUUCUCCUACGUCUGCCAGAUCCAUCAUGUUUUUCAAAUUGGCGUGUGCAGCGCUGCUACUCUUACUUCCCCUGUGUACAAGCCUAAAUGCACCCAGCAAACUGCCUUGUCCCCCAGAUACUGAGAUUUCGCCAUGUGUGUGCACAGUAGGAGUCGAUGUCGAUAUGUACGUAGACUGCUCACAGGUACAAGAUGCAGAUGAAUUGAAGAAAGCCUUUAGCGGCAACAUUCCUUUCUCUGAUUUUACUAGUCUGGUCAUCGAAAAUAACAAUGAACUCACAGAACUGAGGGUUGGAGACUUUGGCCAGGCCACCUUUAAGGAGAUUCACAUCACAGGAGGAAUUUUGGAUACCAUCGACGAAAUGGCACUUUCCAAUAGCUAUACCACGCUCACUAUUUUAGAGCUCCAACAUAAUAGUAUAUCCAGCUUUCCAUUUGAAGAAAUAUUUUCUUUCUCAAAACUCACACGAUUCAGAAUUGAUGAUAAUGAUAUUAAGAUCUUCCCUGAAAUUGAAUCUAGCACCCUGCAGCAGUUCAACAUUGGAUAUAAUCCACUGGGAGACAUCACUGCAGAUGCUCUAAAAAAAAUUCCACACCUCGUCGAGAUUGGUCUCCAAAGCACCGGGCUAACAGAAAUAGCUACAGGAACUUUGACGGGGCUGACUUCACUUUCGGAAGUUCACCUGGAAAACAACACCUUGACCAUCCUUCACGCAGGUACAAUAGAAGUGCACGGAACCAACUUUAUAUACUUAGGUGGAAACGAUCUCACCAGUAUUGAAGUUAGCGCCAUAAAAGGUGCAACAGGAGAGCUGUGGUUAGAAAAUAACUUGUUACCUGAGCUGGUCGAUAAAGUAUGGCAACCACUCCUUGAUGCCGGAGUCAUUCUUUAUGCUUCAGGUAACCCCCUUUCCUGUGACUGCAGUGUGGCCUGGCUCGUACUGGAGGCAAAAUACAUAAGUGAUCUUGGAGAUGAUGUUGCAUGUGAAGAUGGAGAGCUGGUGAAGGACCUGGACCCAGCCAUCUAUGUGAAGAUGUGUGGGUAAUUUUGAAGGCUUCCAUCUCCUACUCUUACCAUCAUAUAACCUUUCCUUUACCCCUAUAAAAUUUUCCGAUUUCUUUUUAAAAGUUAAUACUUUGACAUUGGGAAAGUUUGUAUUUAUAUCUGAGCAGUUUUCCCCUGAAAACUUUAAAUGCUGAUGAUACAAUAACUACUGGUACCUUUACAAUUUUACUGUAAAUCAAUUUAGCUUUCACUUGGUCUUUCAUUUGUAAAAUUUAUAUAGAAGCAAAUAUUUAUUUAAAUUGUUAAUUUCUCACCAAUAAAACUAUCACAAGAAUA